CGCCGUCGCGCCCGCGGAGCUCGGCGGCGACACGCCGCCCUCUCCGUGCCGUCUCGCCCGGAAGCGGCGGCCGCGGAGCUUCCGUCCCGGGCGCGGGGCGUCCCUGCGCCGCCAUGGCCGGGCUGUCGCGCACGCUCGGCAUCUUCGGCUGCUUCGCGGCCGUGGUGGGGGCCGCCUUCUACCCCAUCUACUUCCGGCCGCUGCUGCUGCCCGAGGAGUACAAGAGAGAACAGUCAAUAAACCGAGCUGGUAUCAUUCAAGAGAAUAUUCAGCCUCCAGGGUUAAAAGUAUGGUCUGAUCCAUUUGGAAGAAAGUAAUGUUGCCAGCCUGGUGCACUUGAAGGCAGAACUGAAGAUGAACUUCUUCAAUUAUUUACUCUUACACUGAAGUGUGCCUUUGGGCGUCACUUGAGAAGAGUUCUGAUUAUGCUGCGUGGGCACAUGAGGAGCAACAAACGCUACUGGUUGGAAAGCAAAGAGGAAAAAACGUCCCAGUUUUGGCAGGGUGCUGUGGCACAAUGGACAGACUGCUAGGGAGGUGACUGUUUCUUGUGUUUAGAAGUAAAAUAUUUGCUUCCUUGAGAAAAAGGAAGCAUUAUUAUUUUUGUGGUUAAUCUGUAAACGUUUGGAGAACAAAUUAUGAAUAGACUAAAUUAUGCAGACCACUGCAGUUUCCUCCCUAGUUUGAAAAUUACUUUCUGUGGUUUAAUUGUGAAAACAUGAUAGAAAUUUAUACUGAGAGAGACUUGUGAAUAUUUGCUCUCUCUUAGGCAGAAUAUAACACGGUAAGUGAGAAUUUGUGCAUUAAAAUUUCUUCCUUUCAAACCAA